UGCAGCAAGUGCAUGCGACGUUUUUGCUGCAUAAUUAUUUGGGUCAAAGCGAAAAGCUGCAGCUUCGCAACUUCGACUGCUCGAAAGUUCAACACGCAUCCUGCUGGACUAAUCCACCUGUUAUGAGGGCACGCCGUAGCUCACGGAACACAGCAGUCGUUGCAGCAACAACAACAACCACAACUAGGAACAUAGUGGACACAGCAUAAGAUAAUUGAAUCGACAGCAAGAGACUUGAGCCUGCUCACAAUGGAGACGACUCAGCCCAAGGUGCAUCGUCAGCAUCAGCGACAGCGACGCACUGAGGCUCGUCAGCGGCGCUUGGAGCGGGAGGCAGCCGCAGCGGCCAAUACGCCGCCCGAUCUGGAGCUGGAGGUAACGGAGGCCGUGCUGGAGACGCUCGAGAGUUGUGCGGCGGCUCUCAAUGAUACAGCAUCGACAACAACAACCACAACAACAGCAACCACAAUAGCGGGUCGCAUCAGCGCGCAGAGCUCAGCGGACAGCAUCGAAAUGGUGGGAUCUCCCAGUCAAACCUCCCAGCAGACAGUGGUACUGGUGAACGGACAUGCGCCGCCAUCGCAGGACACGCUGGAGGAGAGCGCUUCCCUGGGCGCCGAUGAGCCGCUGGGUGCAGCAGCUGCUGCCGCAGACGGCGAGGCCACCACGCGCCUGGAAUCGCCCACACAGCCAACCAAGCAGAGCGAUGGCAGUCGCAACUCGUCCGGUGAUGCAAUGAGUCUACGGGAAACACUGCGUCAGCUGCCGGCUACGCAUGGACAUCGCUCGCGGCGCACACACUCGCCACAGUCGCCGGCUCUGCGCUCUCUGGAAGUUGACUCGUCCUUCCAUCGCGGCAUAUUGGGCUACAUUGAUCGUGAGCUCAAGCAGAGCUCGCCCACGCCGUCGGCGUUAAGUAUGGGCGCGGGCAGCAGUGGGGGAGGUGGCGGCGUGGCUGGCGGUGCCUCACGCAAGCAGCAAUCGCUGUCAGAUCCUCAGGCAAGUCCCGCUCAGCGCUCGCUGCGUUCCCGGAACAGCUUUGACAAGAGUCCACGGCGGAAGCGCAGCAAGUCGGAGUCGCGCAGGAGGCGUGAACGGAAGCUUAUAGCCGCUGGGGAGAUGGAGGUGCGCCAGGCCAAUGAGACGCUGAUGCGUUACCUCAAGCAGUGCUCCGAUAUGCAUGAUGCCUCGCUGUCGGGCGAACUGGAAAUUGAUCAGAGCCUGGAGGAGCGACGAGUGCAUCGGAAGACGAAAUCGCAGCGCGACAAGCGGGGCCAGCUCAUAAGCAAGCUCUACUCAGCUGGUGGGCUGUCGUCCAUAUUGAAGGAGCUGGCGGAUGACAUUGCGCCCGCCGAGGGCGAGGAGAUCUACAAUCCAUUCACUCCGGUCGUCUCGCCCACGGACGAUACGCCCGCGCACAUCGACAAAAUGUUUCUGCAGACGUCAUCAGGCUAUCGACCAGUGGAGCAGAGCUACUACAAGCGUUCCUUUGUCGGUGCCGCACGCGGCGCAGCUGGCACCAGCAGCAGCUGCAUUGGCAUCGACGGCAUCUCGGCGGCGGAGCUGGGUGGCGCAGGACGACUCUUUCGCUCGAAUGGCGGCUCGGCCAGCGGACGUGGCAGCUACGGCGAUACCCGCUGUCUGCUUGAUGCCGACCUAAAUCGCAAUGGCAUCUCGAGCAACAUACAACUUGCCUGUGUUAUUCAACGAAUUUGGCUGCUCAUCUCGAACAUAUGCCAUGGGCUGCUAGCUGGUCUAGCCUUGGCCCAUCUGCUCUUUGUGAUGAGUAGCCAUCCCACGGACUGGGCAAAGGUCAUCAACAGCAUUGGUCUUGCGGGCGAGACCGCAGCGGGAGCCGCAGCAGCAACAGCAACUUCAUCAACAAUCACAACAACAACAGCAACACCAACAGCCCAAAUGUCAAAGUUGGGCAUAGAACUGACCAAUUCUGCUAAGGGAACGGACUCUGGAGCGGGCUCAGCCACGGCAGCGACGACGCCGACAACAAGCAGCGAGGCCAUUGCACUGAUUAGCGAUUAUGCUGGCUUUGCUGAUAUCUAUCUAAAUACGUUCUAUUGCUUGGCCAUAAUUUGCCUAGUUUCGGUAUUCGAUCGCAUGGACAUAUGUCGCUGGAGCUUCUCCAAAUGCCAGCGAGCUAAUAUCAUUUCGCUGGCUGAUCAUCACGAUGGCUCUACUUCGCCACAAUAA